AUGGUGACCAGUGAGAAGGUUCUGUGCCUUGCUCCAACAAGAGAAUUGGCUAUUCAAGUAGCAAAGGAUUUCAAGGACAUGACAAAGAAACUGUCUGUUACCUGUUUCUAUGGUGGGAGUUCCUACAACCCUCAACUUGAUGCAAUCCGCAGUGACAUCGAUGUCCUAGUGGGAACUCCAGGUCGUAUCAAGGACCAUCUACAGAUCUACAGAAUACUGGACCUGUCACAAUUGAAGCACGUUGUAUUAGAUGAAGUGGACCAAAUGCUUGAUAUGGGCUUUGCAGAACAGGUGGAGGAGAUACUUUCUGCAUCUUACCAAAAAGAUAAUGAGACCAAUCCCCAGACCCUGCUCUUCUCUGCCACAUGCCCACCAUGGGUGUAUGUUGUGGCAAAGAAGUACAUGAGGCCAACUUAUGAGCAUGUGGACCUCAUUGGCAAAAAGACCCAGAAAGCUGCCACCACAGUAGAGCACCUUGCCAUUGCGUGUCACUGGUCUCAGAGGGCUGCAGUCAUUGGGGAUGUGGUCCAGGUGUACAGUGGCAGCCACGGCCGCACCAUCGUCUUCUGUGAGACCAAGAAGGAUGCCAACGAGCUGUCAAUGAACACCUCCAUAAAACAGAGUUCCCAGUCACUUCAUGGGGACAUUCCUCAGAAGCAGAGGGAGAUCACAUUGAAAGGCUUCAGAAGUGGCACCUUUGAGUUCUUGGUGGCCACCAACAUUGCUGCUCGUGGGUUGGACAUCCCAGAGGUAGACCUGGUCGUGCAGUGCUCACCCCCAAAGGAUGUGGAGUCAUACAUUCACCGGUCAGGUCGCACUGGUAGGGCUGGCAGGGCAGGCGUCUGCAUCUGUUUCUACCAACGCAAAGAGGAAGACCAGCUCCGAUACGUAGAGCAGAAAGCAGGCAUCACAUUUCAGAGAGUUGGAGUGCCCACUCCCAGUGACAUCAUCAAAUCCUCCAGUAAAGACGCAGUGAGGUUUUUAGACUCUGUGCCUCCCCAAGCCAUUGAGUACUUCCGUGUGGCUGCUACCAAGCUGAUUGAGGAGCGUGGGGCCGUGGAUUCCCUGGCUGCCGCCCUGGCACACAUAUCAGGUGCCACUGCUCUGGAGCAGAGGUCCCUCCUCAACUCUGACGAUGGCUACACCACAAUGACAAUGAACUACUCCCAGGAGCUGCACAACAUUGGCUGCGCUUGGCGUGGUCUAAAGGAGCAGCUGGGAGAGGAGAUUGACGAUGUGAUGGGGAUGACCUUCCUCAAGGGAAAAAUGGGAGUCUGUUUUGAUGUUCCAGCUGACAAAGUAAAGGAGUACCAAGAUGCAUGGCAGGAUGGUAGGCGUUGGCAGCUGUCAAUCGCCACAGAGCUCCCUGACCUGGAGGAGAAACAGUGCAUGGGUGGUGACCGUGGAUACGGACGCUCGUUCGGUGGAUGUGGUGGUGGAGGACGGGGGGGUGGCCUUGGCUUCAGAAACGGCGGCGGUGGUGGUAGCAACUGGAGAGGAGGUGGAGGCAGUCAUAAACGCAGUUUCAGCAGUGCAUUUGAUUAUUAACCACAGACUUCCCGUUCUCUGGACUGAUGACAUGGCUGUCUGUUUCCUGCACAGCAAGCUGGUGGUUUUUACUGGUGUUUGUGAGACUGGCCAUCCCUGGCUAACCUUGUGCCCGAAAGUAUAUCCCCAAAAUAUGUAUGAGCUGAUUGCUUUGCAAUUAUAUAUUUCUCUAUCUCUACUUGUGUCAUGCCUUGGUCUUAGUAUUUUGUGUUUUCUUUAUAUAUUUGGUCAGGCCAGGGUGUGACAUGGGUUUAUUUUGUUGUGUUUCGUAUUGGGGUUUUGUAGGCAUUGGGAUUGCGGCUGAGUAGGGGUGUAGCAUAGGUUUGGCUGCCUGAGGCGGUUCUCAAUCAGAGUCAGGUGAUUCUCGUUGUCUCUGAUUGGGAACCAUAUUUAGGUAGCCGGGGUUUCACUGUGUAUUUUGUGGGUGAUUGUUCCUGUCUCUGUGUAGUUGUUCACCAGACAGGCUGUAUAGGUUUUCACGUUCCGUUUGUUGUUUUCGUAUUUGUAUAAGUUUUUUCAUGUAUCGCUAUUCUACAUUAAAGAACAUGAGUAACUACCACGCCGCAUUUUGGUCCGACUCUCUUUCGACAGAAGAACGCCGUUACAACUUGAUAAACUCAUUCAUUGGAAUGAGAUGUUUUUUCAUUAAAGGUGGUCUGAGGAAUUAAAUGGUUGUCUGCUCUAUUUUAUUUUUUUAUUUUGUAUUUUUUUGUACCUGCUCCUUUUUAUCCUAAAGAAAGAAAUUCCUCCAUGGACAUUGCUUCAUGCAUCUCGAA